CAUGAACGGGACCGCCCUCGAGAACGCGCCGUUCGAGGCCGUCUUCCGCGACAUGGAGUCGUCGCACCGGUUCCAGCGUCACCUGCCCGUCCAGGUCCAGUCGUGCUGGAACGGCAUCUCGGUCCUCGACCCGGCCCCGUUCUACGCCCACCCUCACGUCAAGUUCCGCAUGGCCAAGCUCAGCGCCGGCGAGUGCUCGGCGUCCGAGUGUAGUCUUAUCUGCCCAACAUGACGUUCGACCCUGUCGUUGUUCGCCACGACCGCUCCUUUACCGACCUCUGAGCGACAUGUGCGGCGGACGGUGCAGGAGGAGGCGAGCAGAGGGCGAUCGAGACGAGGAGGAGGUUCGAGCGCGAGGACGAGGGCGGCGCAGCAGUUUUCCAUCACACGCAUCAAGACGACUCUCUUCCUCACCUACAUCCUCUUGGUAUCCCCCUCGUCGACCUCUCGACUUGCCCCUGUCCCUGGCGCCGUCGUCGUCGCCCUCGAGUCGACCUCCUCGCGCACCCCUCUUCAUGCGACCUUUUGGUUCCUUUCCAUCCUUGCUUGUACAGUAGUCGUGCGCCGCGGCGUUGUGCAUUAUACCCCUCGUUCUGCCUCUCU